GACGUCACACGCUGUCGACACGGGGAGCUGCAUCACAGUGUAUUGUGUGUACAGCUGAGAUUAAUGUAAAGUUCUCCAGGUUUACAUAUAUAUUAACAUGGUGGGGAAAAUCAAACAUGUCCGGCAGAAGCUCCACCAGGAGGCCGUGAAGCUGCACCCACAGUCCGUGUUAUCACCGCCGAGUCUGGCGGUAGAGAGACCCGCUGCUGCUGCUGCGGAGCCACACAAAACAAGUACUCCACUGCUGGGGAAUAACAAGAACAACGCCAGACAGGCCCUGGGACAGAGCUCCUUCCCCUCUGGGAUCUUCUCCGGCACUCACAUAUCUCCAGAGGCCCUGGUACAGACUCUGAAGCUAGAAGAAGCUCCACAUGUACCAGAACCAGCUCAAGCACCUGCCAAGACAGGCCAAGAAGACAAGAAACUCAAGACAAAGAAGGAGAAGAUGAAGGAGAGGAGGGAUCGAUGGAUGAACAAGAUCAGCUCCAUCAAACUGGCGAAGGAGAAGCAGGCGUUGGAGGCCCGGCGGCAGGCCACGCCGGUGGUGGGGGACAUGAGGCCGCUGGCCGACGCCCUGCCGGAGCUCUUUGAACUCAUCGGGCCCUCCACCACGGCCCCCGCAGCGCGCCGCAAGAGCCGGAAAAACAAAGUGCCGGUGAAGAGGCCUGAGCCGACAGAUUUCAGCCAGAUGAAACAGUCACAGAAACGCCGAUUCCUGGAAACGGAGAGCAGCCGGUUCGACAGCGCAGUGAAGACGCUCUCCGCCAAGAUGAACCCUCUGGCGGAUAUCGGGGAGCAGCUGAGGAAGAGGAUGAGGCAGGAGGAAGAGCAGGGGCCCAGCUAACAGCAGCUCCUCCACAGACACUCAUCUACAGACGCCCCCUUUCCCUGACUGAAUCAUGCUCCACACAGAGGUGAAGACGAAGUGUAGUAUUUGUACUUCACUCCUCCUCUUCAGUAAUAAACCGUUAACUCUGAGCCUCUGUGUGUUUUCUGCUACACUUCAUUUGUAUUGGCUCCCAGCAUCAUUUACAAACAUAUGCUUUGUUUCUGUCCACCCACACACUCAUCACUCUGAUAGUGACUAUAAGAUCAGAGUGACUCAUCAGUAAUAACCAUAGCAACUGCACUGAUCUAUGUAAAUGUGCAGAACAUCCACGUGUUGGGAGAUGUGGGGCCAUCUUUCAUAUUUAAUCAAAACACCUCUGUAUUUGACUUUUCACUUAAUCAUACGAUACCAUGCCAUGAAAACAAUUCUCAUGAUGUUUUUCAAAUUGUGUUUGAUGAAGUUUGUAAUAGCUGAAACUCAAGUACUGUGAAUAAGUACACCUGAGGUACUUGAGUAAAUACAUGUUAUGCUAAUA